UAAGAAACAGACAUCCUUUGCAAGGGAGUGCUCCGUUUUGCGUCGCCCUUGUUAAUCACGUCAAUAUCAACACACUUCUUCUCGGAUUUUUUUAGUGGAUACCCAUACCGUAUUCAUACCCAGAUGGACUAAUUAAAUGAUAGAGAUCAGCAAGGCCAUGGGAGAGGUGCCUAAUCUAUCCAGUGGGUAUUUCAACUCAACGCUAAAAUACCCCUGUCAAUAUCUGAUGAUCAAACGGUAUGGCAACUUUGAAGAUAGUCUGAAUCUUUCUGUUACAGUAAACCAAGCCUGUUUGAUUUCAGAGUUUAACAAUAAACUUGGAUGCACAAGGAUAUUGAAUCUUCAGAAUACUGAUAUUUUUCUGUGUUUAACUCAUCAUCUUCAUGUAGAAGUCCGUUUUGUACAUCAAGAAAUCUUGAAUUAUCACUACUGUUCGAGAUUUUAGUACAUGGAUAUACAAUCUCCGUUCAAGUAUGUACAUUCGGGUGGAAACGGCAAUUACUUCCUGGGGAUUGUUCUACAGUUGUGUGCAUAGAGGAUACAAGGACUAUUUUGAAGUCAUUUUCCAUUCGUCUUUCCAAUGGAACACCUGAUAAUAUAUAUUACAGGGAUGUAAAGACCUACAUCAAAUGGCCUGAAAAAUAUGAUGGUAAAAGUGAAAAAUAUAUUGAAGAGGAUUUUGUGCACAGGAUAUAUGGAACAAAAUCAAAGAUAUACAUUCCCAAAGCUAUCGAAAGUGAAGGGAAUGCUGCUAUCAAGAAAGGAACCUUUCCAAAAUGUUACAGAUUUUCAAGCAAAAGAAAUGGGUUUCGAUGUUGGACAAAAGGAAUAACAUUCUUCUGUUUUGUUCUUCUUUUACAGGUUGUUAAUCCUCAGCUGAUCCUUUCCUGUCCAGAGACAAAGGAUACGGUUGUCUAUGUACCAUCAUGUCCUCUGAGCAUGUCAGAGCUUGAACAAGCCAGUCGUCUCAAGAAUUGUUCAUCAUUUUCACAGAAUUGUACAACUUCAGACUUAUUUAUUUAUCACUGCUUGCCCAAUCACUACCUAAAUAAAUUUGUUGAAGUGUGUGGUGUAGCCGUCGACAUUAUAUACGGACACUGUGCAGAAUACAAUGAAGGAGGGGGUGUUAUACAGGAAAAUUAUCAAACAGAUUGUACAAAAUUUUCAAAACCUUGUCCAAUAGAAAGUUACUCCUCAGUUGAUACAUAUAAAUAUGUAGACUGUUUCAAUAUUACCCCAACGAAAAUUCCAGAUACAACGGAAAAUAAUGAGAGAAAAGAACAUGGUUCCAAGAAUAUUACGGAAUCUCCAACAAGCAAUGAUUCUAGCCCAGACUCUGAACAUGUGUUAAGAAGAGCUUUAGCUAUUGCCUUUGGUGUGAUAUUACCCCUCUUGUCACUGACAGUGAUUAUAUUAAGAUAUGUAUUGGUUAAUCGAAAAAUGAAUAAAGAGAACACUUACCAGCCUGUCAGGCAGAUCGCUCCUUGGGUGUGUACAAAAUGGAAGCUGAACUUAAAAGCAAACAUGUACAUGUAUACAAGUUGUGUACCGCCAUUUGAUGACUUGGACAAACCUGCGAGCUACCUUAAGAAAAGGAGGAAAAAUUAUGAUAAACUUUUUUUAAAAUACCUAACCAAAGGAGGUUCCACAAUAUCUUUGAAUUUUUCAAUCAGCUUAUAUCAGAGAAAUGUAAAACAUUUUUGAACAGCAGUUAUGAAUGAUUAAAAACAUUGAUUGCAUUUUCAAACUUUUUGCAGAAAUUAAAAGGAAAGUUGUAA